CAGCCUGCCCCGCGCCGGCCAACGAGAGCAAGCCCAGUGACUCACCUCCGCCGCGCUACCUCCUCGCUAGCUCUUCCUCUCACGCACGUUCACACCCGGUUCGAGAUGGCGGCGGCGGCGGCGGCGGCAGCGGCGGGGGACUCCGACUCCUGGGACGCGGACACGUUCUCCGUGGAAGAUCCCGUGCGAAAGGUGGGGGGCGGCGGCACUGCCGGCGGGGACCGAUGGGAAGGCGAGGACGAGGACGAGGACGUCAAGGAUAACUGGGAUGAUGAUGAUGAUGAAAAAAAAGAGGAAGCAGAAGUAAAACCAGAAGUAAAAAUUUCAGACAAGAAAAAAAUAGCAGAGAAGAUAAAAGAGAAAGAACGGCAACAGAAGAAAAGGCAAGAAGAAAUUAAAAAAAGGUUAGAAGAACCUGAAGAACCUAAAGUGCUAACAGCAGAAGAACAAUUAGCAGAUAAACUGCGGCUAAAGAAAUUACAGGAAGAGUCAGACCUUGAAUUAGCUAAGGAAACUUUUGGUGUUAAUAAUACAGUUUAUGGAAUAGAUGGUAUGAACCCAUCUUCAAGAGAUGACUUCACAGAAUUUGGAAAGUUACUAAAAGAUAAAAUUACACAAUAUGAAAAGUCAUUAUAUUAUGCCAGUUUUUUGGAAGUCUUAGUUCGAGAUGUGUGUAUUUCAUUGGAAAUUGAUGACUUGAAAAAGAUUACCAAUUCAUUGACUGUGCUUUGCAGUGAAAAACAGAAGCAAGAAAAGCAAAGCAAAGCCAAAAAGAAGAAGAAAGGUGUGGUUCCUGGAGGGGGAUUAAAGGCCACCAUGAAAGAUGAUCUGGCAGAUUAUGGUGGUUACGAUGGAGGAUAUGUACAAGACUAUGAAGACUUCAUGUGACAUUUUAUCUUCUGAUGUCUUCUUUAUGUUGCCCACAAUCCCUUCAACAUGUAGCACAAUUUCCUUUCCUUUCAGUUCUGCCAAAUGCUACAAUCCAGAAGUGCAGUAUCUUUUGUGCUGGUUAUUUAACCCCUUGACACUUAGGUGCUAAUGUGCAAAUGAGGGAACUUGGAUCUUGCUGCCAAGGGGUUAAAAUCGAGAACCUCAGUUGCUACUAAAUCAUAGUUCAAAACAAAACAAACCUAAUAAUGUUGUCAUUGUUGCUAUCUGAUUCCAUAGCAGCAGUCACUAAAUUGGAAACAAAAGGUUGUGACAUGAUAAAAAAUUGUGUAGUAUUUACCAGCACCAUUCAGUAAUACAGCCUUAACCAUACCUCCUUGAACUACUUCAUAACUUGUCAAGAAAAGCAGUUUGCAGCAAGGGCAUGUGGUAUGCACCUAGUAUUAAAAUUGCUUUGUCUUAAAAUUGAGCGUGAGGAUAUUAAAAAUACAUUGUGAAGAGGACUGCUUAUCUCAGAGUGAAGAUACUGCGGCUGAAAAGCACUAGUUUGAUAAAAAUUAAAUGACCAAAACCCUCCAACUUUGAAGCUGAAGAAGGUAAAUCUCUCCAUUAUUGCAUUACAAGUUGUGGAAUCUCUGAGUGCAUAGACUGUCUAGUUUUUAUUUAUCAGACUAUUUCUACUGAUGGAGUGCUUCAGGUGGGGGAGGGGGAAACUCUUCACCUGUUUUUAUUUGCCUGGUCUGAGUGUCUGAGAAACAAAUCUCCUUUGUUUUCCUAGGCUACAAUGGAACAACUUUAACAGGGUUUUGGCAUUUCUUUUCCUUUAUAAAACAUGCUCAGCAAACUGCACCAGUUAACUACAGUUUGGUAAAUUGUUAUGUUAACAAUUAUGACAUCUGCAAUGUUUUAUAAAGCAACUAAUUUAAUAAAAUCACUAUUGUGAGGACUUAAAUUUUGUGUUACCUCCCAAGAGAUAUUUUUGAAGAGUAUAGAUAGAACACAGCUCUUGGGACUAGAGUUCUCUAUAUACUAAAGUUUAAUAAAUGCUUGACGUAGUUAACCGCUUUAAAACCAGAAUGAUUUGCCAGGUCCUUAAUAAUGUCACUGCAGAGCAACAAAGGCUGCCUCCUCUUCUUAUUUAUUUGGGGAAAUUAUUUUGUUGUUUAGCUAUACUAAGGCCUAAAUAAGUACUUAGAAGAAUUAUUUAUUUGGAGUAAUUGAGCCUAUAACUCAGGUUACGGCUGUAAGCAUAGAUUGGGGAGUCUUCUUUAUAGCUCUUCUGCUAAGCAGUUUAAAUUUGUGGUUAGUCUUUUUCUAAUUUUCAAAAGCAGACCUAGGGACAGAGCAAAAAAUGUUUUUAAUUUCUUUUAUUUAGGAAAUAGGAACGUCAAAGCUCUGUAGACUUCUAAUUGGACACAGGACCAUCUAAGUGAUUUGAGGAAUUAACAGAACACAGCAAUAACUUAAAUAAGAUUGUUUUAAGGCAGAAAAGGGCUAAGAUUUCCUUAGCAGUAAUAAUGACAUACAAUGAAUUUAAAAUCUAUUUUAUUACAGAAAGAUCAGUUUCUAACAAAUGUACCACCUGUUCCCUAACUGUGUAAAUAAUAUUAAAUUUCUUUGAAACUGGAAUCUGCAGGCACAGGUAUUCUUUAAUCAUUACUGUAUCAUGUCCUAAAGUAGAAGCCAUCCUGAGGAAGAGAAAGCUUUUGAUCUUAAUAUUGAUCUUAGUAUAGAUGAAAAGUUACUUUUAAAUAGGAAUUUCCUUGUUAAAAGUUUCUCAUUCUUUACGCACUACCCCCUCAAAGGAAUGAUAUGGUAUAGUCCUGGGCUUUUUUCACCUUGGACAACAAAGAAAGAUCCCCAGUGCAUUAUUCUACUUUGCAGAAUCACAGACAUGUAUUUGCCAGAGAAUCGCAUAUCAGGACAGGAAAACAGGCACCUAUGAAAUCAUCUAAGCUGCUAGCAUGUCCUUCAGGCAGCAAGCUGUCUGAGGGUCCUUCAGAAGCACACUUACAAUUUCAUAAAAUUCGUGUUCAUAUGCCAACUUAUAAUACAGGUAGACAUCUUCACAGUAUGUCAGUAGCUUCUUCAGGUUUUCCAUGACGAUGUCAGUAGGCUGAUGUUGUCUACAUCUAGAUAAAGAAAUACAAUGCACAGGUUAAUAUGCUGUAUUAGUUUUUAGAGACAGGGUCUCCUGUUGGUUGCCCAGGCUGGAGUACAGUGACUAUUCACGGAUAGGAUCGUAGCUCAUUACAGCUUUGAGCUCCUGGCUGGGCUCAAGCAAUCCUCCUGCCUCAGCCUCCCAAGUAGCUGGGACUACAGAAGCAUGCCACCAUACCCAGGCUCAAGACACUGUAUUUUGAGUGAGGGCUAUCAGCUCUGAAAACACUGACCACUACCUAGAGAGAAGAGGGUGUUGGAGUCUAGGAGAUUAUUUCAGAGUAAUAUUGAGGAUACUUGAUAAACACAAACUAUUUCAUUAAAAAUGAGUACUAAUGCUAAUUACAAUAAGUUCAACAAUCUAAAAGGCACCUCUGAUGAUUAGUGUUUUAGGCACUGAGUAGCUAUCCUCCCAUUUUUAAGUACAAAGCAUCAUAAGCAAACUGUCAUCUUUCAUCUGUUUGCAUAUAUCUGUUAAGAGAUCUUUCUGGGAAUUCUUGACAUCUCUUUGCCGUUUUAAGCAGAGGGGCUAAAGGCAUAUUGUACUUAGCCAUAAAAUUCUUAUACCUAUCUCACCUCAUAGUGGAGGCAAGGAGAAAUGCUUACAGUCAACUUCUAAUACUUACUUCUUUGAAAUCUCUUCAAAUAUACUGGGCCUUAAUAAUCUUUGCUGCUUAAAUUCUUCCAAGUAAUUAAAGUCUCCUUUAAGAACCACGUGUUGGUAUAGAAUUUCAGCCCAGUCUGGCACAAAAUCAUAGGCCUCAGCCACAAUAGAUGCCUUAAAAGGAUGGAAGUGAAGGACACCAUCAGAGCUCAUUUGAUGUAAAACUGAAGGCAAAUUGUUCUAGAAAACAAUACUGUACAUUCAUACAGUGAAUAUGGUCAUAAACAAUUAUGUUAAAAGGCUCUAUGUAUCAGAGCUGGUGAAAAGUCUGGUGUGUAUUUGGCAUUCCCUCCCAUAAACCCCCAAAUGUCUUCAGCAUUUUUAAUCUUCCUCAUAAUGGAUUAAUAGAACUGCUCAGAAAGAAUAUAUUAUUCCCACUAACUCAACUGCAUAAGAAAUGGUAAGAGGGCUGAUUCCCUGAUCUUCAUUAAAAGGCUAGAACCAAUCUCCUGGCAUCCCUGACUCCCUAUACUAACCUGGGUACACCACUCUGUAAACAUUAUGGCUAAAAGAUUCUUGCAGGAGCACUGAACCUCACCUGUCUAAGGGGUGCCAAAGUCUGUCUUCUGUUGGCCUAACAGCGUGAGAGAAGGAAACAGUAACUCUCUCCCGGUUCACUAGGCUCUGCCCACAGAAUGUGUUAGUGAGAGAUACACCAAAUUGCCUCUUUUCAUAGUAGUAUCAAGACAGCUACGUAAGCAGAAGUGGACUGGCCUAGUUCUGUCACUAGCCCUGAGCCCUUAGGAUGCUGGCAGUGCUGGCUCGGGUUUUCUUUCUUGCUCACCUGGUAGAACCGAGGUAGGGCCACAAUACAGUCCAUCAGCCUGUGGCAACCCAAGUUGAUGAGCAUUGUGUUCUGGCCAGUGUUCAGAAAGUGAAUCUGUAGAGUUAUCAACUUGGUGAGCCGGUGACAGUGCAGGGCCUGUCGUACACAGGAAUCCUGACAGACGGGUAGAGGGAGACACAGGUAGAGAGACUUAGUGGCCACCAUCUCCUGUGUGAACUCUCCAAGAACUGUACUCAGCUCUUCUGCUGUUGGUUGGCUCAUGACACCCUCCCGCUUUACUGGGAGGCAUCCAAGGAUAAAAGAAAAUUCUCUACUGCAGACACCAAGUCCUAAGCCCAAUGUGGAGUAAAUAAAACUCUCUGUGGUUACCUUGGCAUAACUCUCUGCUGCAUCGAGCAUCAGAGUCAGGGCCUUCAGCAGCAGCUGCUUCAGCUGGUGUACAUCCUUGAGGCUGUCCUCUGCCAGGAAAUAAAGAAGGCUUGCUGAGUCUCACUACCAAGGUAGGCUGUUCUCACCCCACUGGUGGUGACAGUGGGCUUAGUUAGAAAUCCCAGCCACGUUCAUUCACAGGGAGGCAGGUGUGUCCAGGUAAAGGCGACUGGGACCAGAAAUGCACACACUCUUACUAUAACUUCACCUAAGUCCCCCUUCCAUCUCUUACCUGCCUAGCUAGGACCCCCGCUGAGUGACAAACUGACCUCAGCUGCUAAUAGCCAAUCUCAUGUGCUCUUGCCCUUCUUAGCCCUAAGAACUUUCCUGGGCUAACAGCAUGGCCAUGGGGUUGCUGCUGUGACCUCACUCACCCCAGGGCUGAGACUCAAUCAGUUUCAGUUGUAUGCAGGCAGCUGCCUCGUGGUUCUCGCCAAUCUCUCGGCACAUGCUAAAGCACAGGGCGAUCAUGUUGUGCUUCUCACUGUCCCCAGGGUGGCAGCGUUUGAUGUAGUCCAGCAGGGCUGUUUUCAGGGUACCACUCUGCCCAGGAAAAAAGGAAAUACCAAAGUCUCAAUCAGGGACUGCAAGGCAGGCAGGGUUGGCUGAGUCCUCUGGUUGUAAAAAUUUCUUAAAAACUCUCAAGAAAAAGGAAUAGAUGAGCAAAAAUGAAAAUGAAUACAGAAGUUUUAUGCUACCCUGAAUAUAAGGAAACAAGCAUGUCCACUUUGCUAUUGGGAGUGUGAACGGUAAAACCUUGCAGAAGGAAGAAGCCUUAAAAAUAGUUGAUCUGACAAUCCCAUUUCUAGGACUCUGUCCCUAAAGUGGUAAGCAGAGAAAAGUGCUAAAAUGAAGGUAACAAGGAUAUUUAAUAACAAACAAUUAGAAACAAUCCAGAUGUCCAAGGCAAGGGCUAAGAAAAUACCCCAUAACCAUUAAAAUGGAUGUAGAAGACUAUCUGUUGAUUUGGGAAAUAAUCAUGAUACACUUUUCAGUGGUAAACACAGGCUAUUUCAUGUCUUCACGGUGUACGUUUUGUUAAAAUAUGUGAAUAUGUGUAUGUUUUGGGUACAUGUGCAAAGAAGGGGCCUGUGCCAAAUUGUUAGUAGUGGCUGUCUCCAGAUGGUGGGUAGACACCAAGGGCUUUUUUCUGUGUUAUUUUCCAAGUGUCUUACAUAGAAUAUGUAUUACUUUUGUAAUCAGAAAAAAGUUAUUAAAAGAAUAUUUAAAUGCAGAAACAAAACUGCCUCAAAAACAACAAUUUAAAAAACCCUUCAGGGGAUCUUGAAGAUAUACCUAUGUCCAGGACUCGCUCCUCUCCUUAUGACUAGACUGGUCUGUCCUGAAACUGGCCCAACAUUAAAGAGAUUAUUCUACUUUGUCUCUUCA